CUACUCUACUAAAUUUAAUGCAACUUCUAUCUAUUAAUCACUUCACAUUCUUCUCCUGUGCUAUUGCAGCAAAAUUCAUGAUGCCUUUACCCCUUGAAUCCACUGUAUCUCAAGUUGAUCUCCCUGUAAUCGACAUCUCCGAAUUUUCUGAAGACUUGGAUGCUCAAGAUCUGAGCCAGUUUCGAGAUCAUCCUGUUCUAGACAAACUUCAAAAAGAGUGCAAAGAAUGGGGAUUUUUCUACCUUGUCAACCAUGGAAUUCCAGUAGAUCUUCUGGAAAGGGCUGAGAAUGUUUGCAGAGAUUUAUUAUCCGUGCCCAACGAGGUCAAAGACAGAGGCUUAACUGGUAAUCCAAUGAACACUUAUGUGCGAAGUCCAAAUUUUGUGAGCUUUCGCAUUCCAGAUUCGACUAAUCCAGCUUCCGUUGAGCAAAUAUGUGCUAAAAUAUGCCCAGAAGGGAACACAGUAUUUUGCGAAACGAUGACGGCAUACGCUUUAUCUGUAACAAAUCUUGCACAAUUAAUCACAAAAAUAAUUCUUGCAAGCUUAGGGUUGGAUGCCAAAGCUUUCUACCGCUCUCACUUUGAAAAGUGCACAGCAGUAUUGCGUAUAAACGGCUAUCCAUCAGAUAACAUAUCCAUUGGAGAGGAAGCACUUCUCUCCCAUACAGAUUUAACCUCCCUCACAAUCCUUUACCAAGAUGAUGUGGGAGGCCUUCAGAUUCCAUCGCAAGAGGGCAAAUGGUUCAACGUCAAACCUAUCCUUCAUGCAUUUGUGAUCAAUGUGGGGGACUCCUUUAAGGCAUGGAGUAAUGGCAGAUACCGCAGCGCAGAGCAUCGUGUUGUUUACAAAGGUUGGAGAGAUCGAAUGUCGAUUGGCUUCUUCACCGAGUUUCCAGAGGAGACAGAAAUAUGGGCGCCUGUGGAGCUUGUGGAUGACGACAAUCCAAGGCGCUACAAGCCUUUCAUAUAUUCGCAUUUGAGGCAUGUAGUUCUGACGGAUAAAGAAUAUAAAGAAAAAGCUACUGCUCUCGAACGAUUUGCGGGUCUAUAAAGACCUGUUGCAUUCAGGGCUGCAGGGCAGCGAAGUUCUUGCCAGAGACUGGAAGAACAGUUUUGGUUCUCUGUAAAUUGCUCACAUUGCCUCCACCGAGAACAGUGUGAUGAAAUGGUACAACAGUUCCAGUAACUCUUGUCAAUGUAUCUUUAAUGCUAUGAUUCCCUCUAAUCAAUAGAAGAUAUGAAUGUGAUUUGUCAUUAACUAAAAUAGCAAACAUGGGCUUCAAAGCUGCACAAACAAAUAGUUAAUGGCAUUAGUAACACAAGGAUUUGAUAAUGUUGCUGACAUAUGCUUUAAGAAAAUGAAUCUUAAUAUCUAUUUCAUUCUUA